CGCAACUUGGAUAAAGAUAAAAAUCAUUCACAAACGGUUUUCAACGGUCUGCAACAGUGAUCGUGUUUGUCACGUUUUGUCCUUCGAUCGGCUCGGAUCAGCCUCGUGCAGCCUCGGAGGAGGAACCCCGAGCAAGUUGCAGGAACUUUGUUGGAGACAGCAGGAUUUAAAGCGCGGAGAUAGAACCGACGUCCUCGAAGAUGCGACCGGACUCGCGCAGCGUGUCGUUCACGUUUCACCGGGAGGUGCUCAGCGUGCGAAACUCUCCGGAAACGGUGCGAACGUCGCGGAAUCUCCGCCAGCGUCUGCAGGACCGAUUCGAGAAGGUCGGCGACGCCGGAAAGGAGAAGUCGCCGAAGACGAAGGACGCGGUGGACCGGGCCUGGAACAACAUCAGCCUCGGCAACGUGUCCGCGGACUCGAGACGAGCCUUGCGCAACGGCGCCGAGAAGCUGUCCAAGACGAUAUCCUCUGUACGAACCACCUUUGGCACGAUAUCCCAGAAAUUCAGAAGCUCCACGCGCAGACGUCAGAGACUGGAGGAACAACAAUCACCGUGCAACAUGCAGACACCUCAGACACGUUCCCGCCAGCUCUUAGGACGCACACCGACGAAGCUGUACAGUCCCUUCGGCAUCGAGUCGCCGAGACACGCCUGGGACAAGGAAAAUGACGUCAACACGCCGAUGCGCGCGUCAUCACCGGAGUGCAACACACGUUACAUAAACUGCAGACCGUUUCGCUUCGCGAAGGCUAAGGGAUUCUCCGUGCUGAGAUAAGAAGGCUUACAGAAAGGGGCUUCCUCCAACGAAAUUGUUAGCGAUCUUUCUCUUUACUUCCUAAACGAACGCAGUCGGGAUUGCGUGCCUCGUGCAACAACAUUUAUGUAACGAGAUAUUAUUUAUUUGCGUUUAAUCGCGAGAGACUCGCCGCGCGUACGAGGCAAACUUCUUUUUUUAUAUAAGUAGCAUUUAUAUAUAUAUAUCGAUAUGCUAGCGUAUCUUCAUAAUCAUUCCACAUCGCUUAUUUUGCAUAUAUAUUUAUAUAUCAUGGAAGAUUCUAUUUCUACUUUUUUAUACGUAUUUAUAUAUACAAUAUAUAUGCCGCGCAAUAAUAUAUGCGAAAUACACGGCAGGGCAAAUAUUUGUAAAUGACAGCAUGUGAGACAUCUAACAAGAAUCAAAGCGAUAAUUCAAAAUCCCGCGCGAGAAUCGUCGGAGAAAUAUUUCAUACGAGACUUUGAAAGAUUUUUAUGCUACGAUAUAUAGCGCACAAGAAGUAAUUUCUUGAAUAGGUUUUCUUUAUAAUACUCAGAAAAUGUGUUUUAAAUUUGUGAUACUUCAUAAACUGAGAAUAUACUAAUGACAAGAAAAGAAACAAGAAUCGCACAAUUUUUGAUUAAAUUAUAUCUCGUAUAUCUAUUCCGAUGAAAUUAUGUAUAGCAAAAUAUUCUCAGUUUAUGUUUUAUUAAGAUAUAUAUAAAUAUAUAUAUAUAUAUAUUUAAUUAUAUUCUCGAUAUAAAACCGCGUACGACAUGUGGUUGUUUAAAAAGUGAAAUCGUUGCUUAGAACGAUGAAAAUAAGGCAGCUCCGAUGUACUUGGCCUCGAUAUUAUAGCCCUGCUCUCAAGCUACCACAUAUCUAUAAUCUAAUUUAUUUAUUGGCACAAUAAUAACAUUUUUACCAAAAUCAAUUUAGGGGAUCUUUCCCGCGCUUUUAGUGAUACGCUCCUGAGUCCCUGCUGUCAAAAAAUUCCUAAUACGCGAGUGCGAGAUUACACCUUAAAUAAGUUUCUGCUCUCAAGCUACCACAUAUCUAUAAUCUAAUUUAUUUAUUGGCACAAUAAUAACAUUUUU